AUGAUUAAACGUGGUCUCGCUACAGCUACAAAAGGUCAAUUUACUGUCUUUGAUCGUGCCACUAAGCUUUCGCAAAGAAACAGGGCGGCUUUGCAUCCUGAGAUUUCCAGAAAGGCUGAUUAUCUCAGGGAUGAGGUUUCUCUCAGGACGGUGGAGAGACUAGGGUUCAUUCUCAGAGAGUUCCCCCGUGUGCUUGAUUUUGGUUGUCAUUCUGGUAACUUCUUGAAGAGCUUAUGCAAGAAGCUGGAGGUUCCACCUGGUGGCGAUCAUGCUGACGAGGAAAUGACUAAGCAACUCAACGAGGACAAGGUCAAGAUCAAAAGCAAGAUUCAGGAGUUGGUGAUGUUGGACUCAUCGGAGAGCAUGCUUUUCAGAGAUGCCAAUGAAGAUUACCUAAAAGAGUUUCCUGGCAAGAUUCAACGGAUUGUGGCCGAUGAGGAGAGCUUUGACCACGAGGUUCUCCAACCGGAGCUGUUUGACGCCGUGAUUUCUAACCUUUCCCUUCACUGGAUCAAUGAUUUGCCACAGACUUUAAAAAAUAUCAAUACGGUCUUGAAGCCCGAUGGAAUGUUCAUGGGUACUAUAUUCGGAGGGGACACACUUUACGAGCUUCGGACAUCAUUGCAGCUUGCCGAGCUAGAAAGAAGAGGUGGCAUGUCCCCAAGAAUGUCGCCUUUGGUGCAUUUGAAUGAUGUGGGUUCUCUACUCAACCGUGCUGGCUUUUCGAUGUUGACCAUUGACACCGAGGACAUAGUUGUUGGAGGUUACCCAGAUAUCGUUGCCAUGUGCCAGGAUUUGCAGAACAUGGGCGAGCAAAAUAGUUUAAUCUCUCGUGCAAACCAUUUGCCGAAGGAUGUCUUGCUUGCAGCCAAUGAGAUUUGCAAAAGUUUGCACGGUGAGGAAGGCCCUGAUGGAAAGAUUACUUUGCCAGCAACGUUCAACGUCAUCAAUAUGAUCGGUUGGAAAAAGAGCGAAACACAACCUCAGCCUUUGGCUAGAGGCACGGGCCAAGUCAACCUUAAGGAUAUUUUGUAA